AUGCGAAUGAAGAUUGCCCUCAAAGUCCAUAAGGUGUGGGAAACCAUUGAUCCAGGAAACAAAACCGAGGAGAAGAAUAACAUGGCAAUUGCAUUGUUGUUUCAAUCCAUUCGUGAGGCCUUAACGCUACAGGUUGGAGAACUCGACACAGCAAAAGCCGUGUGGGAUGCGAUCAAGGCGAGACAUGUAGGAGCUGAGAGGGUGAGAGAAGCACGACUUCAAACAUUGGUGGCGGAAUUUGACAAGCUAAAGAUGAAGGAAGAAGACACCAUUGAUGUUUUUGUUGGUAGACUUUCGGAGAUAUCUUCUAAAUCUGCAUCUCUUGGUGAGAUUAUAGAAGAAUCAAAGCUUGUGAAGAAAUUUUUAAAGUGCUUGCCAAGGAGAAAGUACAUUCACAUUGUUGCUUCACUUGAACAAGUACUUGACUUAAACACAACAAGCUUUGAAGAUAUUAUUAGACGUUUGAAAGAAUACGAAGAGAGGGUUUGUGAAGAAGAAGAUAACCAAUCAGAUGAAGAAGGAAAGCUAAUCCACUACGCGUCGGAUUGUCCUGAUAAGUUACUUAAUCCGCAAGAAACCGCUGAGAAUAAGGUCAAUGAUACGGAGGAAGCCAAUGAGCUGAUGAUGAAUGAGGUCGUCUUUCUCAAUGAGAGGAAUGUAAACCCGAAUGCGUUCUAUACUGAACUCGAUAUGAAUGAUAUAUGGUAUCUUGACAAUGGCGCUAGCAAUCACAUGAGUAGGAAUCGAGUUUUCUUCUGCAACCUUAAUAAAACAAUCUCCGGGAAGGUUAGAUUUGGAGACGACUCCCGUAUUGAUAUAUGA